GAAGGGUGUGGUGGCUGAAUCGGUCCGGAAGGGUGAGUCGGGCUGACUGUCUCUUCCUCCUUUUUCCCAGGCAGGCGCUGCGAUUCCUCGGGGUGGGGCGAUCCGCUCGCAGCGCAGGCAGGCGUGGAGACGACCCGGUCUAUGCAGAACUGAGCCCAGCUGGGACUUCAAUCAACCUGGGGCAACCUGGAUUCCUCUGGAGGGUUCCAGAAGCACACAUGUGGCCAUGCACUGCUGCUCCUCCUCCUCCUCCUGGCCGGUGGGGCUGAAGCCUUUCGCAUUUGCGCCUUCAAUGCCCAGCGGCUGACACUUGCCAAGGUGGCCAGGGAAUAUGUGAUGGACACCUUAGUUCGGAUCCUGGCUCGCUGUGACAUCACGGUGCUGCAGGAGGUGGUAGACUCUACUGGCAGCGCCAUCCCCCUCCUGCUGCGAGAACUCAAUCGAUUUGAUGGCUCUGGGCCCUACAGCUCCCUGAGCAGCCCGCUGCUGGGGCGUGGUGCGUACAAGGAGAAGUAUGCGUACAUCUACCGGUCACACAGGACACAGGUCCUGAAUUUCUACUUGUACCCUGACGAGGAUGACCUCUUUGCCCGGGAGCCCUUUGUGGGCCAGUUCUCUUUGCCCAGCAAGGUCCUUCCCAGCCUGGUGCUGGUCCCGCUGCACACCACUCCGAAAGCCGUGGAGCCGGAGCUGAAGGCGCUAUACGAAGUGUUUCUGGAUGUCUCCCAGCGCUGGCAGAGCGAGGAUGUGAUCCUGCUUGGGGACUUCAAUGCUGACUGCGCUUCACUGACCAAGAAGCGCCUGGAUGAGCUAGUCCUUCGGACUCAGGCUGGCUUCCACUGGGCCGUGGCCGACGGGGUGGACACCACGGUUCGGGCCAGCACCCACUGUACCUACGACCGAAUAGUGCUGCACGGGGAGCGCCUCCAGAGUCUGCUGCGCAACGCAGGCGCCUUCGACUUUCCCCAAAGUUUCGGACUCACCGAGGAGGAGGCCCUCAACAUCAGCGACCACUACCCCGUGGAGGUGGAGCUGAGCCGAGCCGUGCACAGGAUCCAGCCCCUCAGCCUGGCCACUCUGUUGCUCUCGUUGCUGCUACUACUCCUGUCCCCACAGCUGGGCCUGGCGGCCUGAAGCCGUCCUGUACCUGCCGCCCAGGUGUGAGGCCCACGCGGCACCCCGUCCUGAGCCCUGCCCCCAUCAAAUGCAGCCUCCUCUCUCC